CUGUCUGCCAGUACUAGAGCGUGGGGCGGACAAGGGAAAACGAAAACAAUAAAACGGCAACAUUUAAUACAAUAGGUAUAGCGACACACCUGCAUGCACUGGCAUCCCUUCCGUGACAGUCAAGACAUCACAAGAAAGAGGAGGAAGAGCAAGGAGAAAACCGCACAUCUGGGAAGACAUUUAAAAGUACCUAAAGCAGCUUACUUGGCCACAGGUAGUUAUCGCGCGUCAAAGAAUAUCAAAGUGCAGGUCAUGCGGAUAUCUCCGACUGGAGAUCGAGCUGUGUUUCAUUGCUAGUCGCGUUCUACUUGGGAAGAAGAUCACUUCUUUUCAGCUGAACAAGAACAGGGGAAAGCCAUGUCCCGAAGAAAGCAGAGCAAACCCCGGCAGAUCAAACGUUCUAUUGGGGACUUGGAGGGUGGUGAGGACAACACACCUGACGACAUCAGCCUAUCAGGCGAUGAGGGCGGAGCCUCAGACUCAGCAGAAUGUGACAGCUCCAGUACACCACCAUACACCCCCCUGUACAAUGAAGAGCCAAGGACACAUGACUCCCUUUGUGCGCCUGAUGAUGAUGUGGAGGAGAAAGGUCCAACACACACUGAAGAGGAGGAGGAGAUGGAAGAGGAGGAAGACUGUCUACAUUGGAGGGGUCCAGAUGACCUGGAGCUGAGUGAUGAUACUGCUUACCCCAAGGUCCUGGCCUGCAGGGACCUAACCACCGACACACUAUGGGGGCCAUACGCUGGAAUCGUCCAAACAAAAGAUGCUGGAGAUGACCAGGAGUCAGAGAUCUCCAGGUUGACACUGGUGUGUGAGGACGCAGACUGCUGGCUCAGUAGAGUCCUGUUAACCUCCGAUGCCACAGAUACCAACUGUACCAUCUACAGCCAAGGUGAGGAGCUGUAUUGUAAGGUGACCCAGGACAUCUCCACAGGGGACGGUCUGCUGGCUACGCUGUCUACACCUUCUAUGGAGCAGCUGUCCCCCUCUCAGACCCAGGGUGUAGCGGUGAAGGAGGAGCCUACAGGUGUCUACCCAGCAUCCCUCCACUCUGAGAUACAGCUACUCCCCCAGCAGGCUGGGAUGGCAGCCAUCUUGGCCACGGCAGUUGUCAACAAGGACAUCUUUCCGUGUAAGGACUGUGGGAUCUGGUACCGCAGUGAGAGGAACCUCCAGGCCCACCUCAUGUACUAUUGUGCCAGCCGGCAGAAGCAGCAGUCCUCCUGCUCCCCCCCACAGGACAAGCCCAAGGACUCCUACCCCAAUGAGCGUGUCUGCCCCUUCCCACAAUGCAACAAGAGCUGCCCCAGCGCCAGCUCCCUGGAGAUCCACAUGCGGACACACAGUGCAGGUGAGCGUCCCUUUGUGUGUCUGAUCUGCCUGUCGGCCUUCACCACUAAAGCCAACUGUGAGCGUCACCUGAAGGUGCACACGGACACGCAAAACGGAGUGUGUCAUGGCUGUGGCUUCGUCUCCACCACGAGGGACAUCCUCUAUAGCCACCUGGUUACCAGUCACAUGGUUUGUCAGCCCGGCUCACGCAGUGAAGUGUACUCCCCAGGCCCUGGCCUGCCCAAACUGCCUCUGUCCACAGGUCUAAGUCCAGGAGACUCUGGUGUUGUGUUGAAAUGUCAGAUAUGUGGCCACAUCACAGACUCACCCGGCCAGCUCCAGCAGCAUGUCCGCACACACCUGGAGGUGAGGGUCCCGGCAGAGAGGAGCCCCUCACCCCGCCAGAGCACCCCCUCCUCAGCUGACCACCCUGAGCCCCCCGCCUGCGUACCCCACCCUGACUCCUCCAGCCCUGGGGCCAAUGGGAGCUCAGCCACCCCGCGAGGCUGCAGCCCACCUGACCACCUGCCCACAGACAUGAGGAUCAAAGAGGAGCCACGCUCAGACUCUGAGAAUGAGGGGCAGGAGGAGACGGACCGGGAGGGGAAGAGCCGUGGACACACAGGGGCAGGGUCUUCUCAGACCACCUCCCCCAGGAGUCCCUCUGCUUUGUCCGUGAAGGCAGAGCCAACCAGCCCCACCCCUGGCUCCAGCCCUGCCCACCUGGGAGGACCUGGCUCAGUGCUGCCUGGAGGAGCUGUGUUCCUGCCACAGUACAUGUUUAGCCCAGAGGCAGCCAUCCUGCCCCAGGCCUCAGAGAUCCUGGCCAAGAUGUCUGAGAUGGUCCACAGCCGGUUGAAGCAGGGCCAGGUGUCCCCUGGGGCAGCGCCAGCCUUCUAUCCCGCAGGCACUACCAUCACUGUCCACAAGGGGGCCACCUGCUUAGAGUGUGACAUCACCUUCAACAACAUCAACAACUUCUACGUUCACAAGAAGCUCUACUGUUCCAGCAGGCACCAGCAGGGAGACGUGGCUGGCCAAGUGAAGGAGGGGGCCUCGGGGGUCACCGUCCCAUCUGUCGGACACAGUUCAUCCCCUCAGGCUGCCACAGGUAGUCGGGCUGCUUCAGCCUCCCCGAGUGACUCAGACCCUGUUCCAGGCAGCACCGGCACAGAGGGCAAGCUGGUGGAGGUGAAAAGUGAGAACCCUGGGUUGAAAGAGGCUGUGUCAUCCUCUUCCUCUGAGGGGGAGGGUGGUGGAGGAGGAGGCCGGGCCAGCGAGGGCAGCCAGAGCCCCAGCGGCUCAGCAGAGGACCAGGAAGAAGACCCCACCAGGACCUUCUGUCAGGCCUGCAACAUUCACUUCAGUCGCCAUGAGAACUACACGGUCCACAAGCGCUUCUACUGUGCCUCGCGCCACGAUCCGUCCAACCAGAGGUCAAGCGCUGGCAAAGCCACCUUCCUGCCUCAGCCCAUCCGCACGCGCAAGAGGAAGAAGAUGUAUGAGAUCCACAUGGCUCGGACUGAGGCCCUGGCCAACGCUGCUGCUAUUGCCUUUCCCUCUGCUCCAGGCCUGGGCCUGGCUGUGAAGCAGGAGGAUGCUGCCUCAUCGGGGAGGGUCCUGGAGGCCACUGUCCCAGCCCUGGCCCUGGGCCUGUGUCUAGCCACUUCCCGUAGCACCAGCCCUGAUGGAGACGGCCCGAUCGACCUGAGUAAGAGGCCCCGUCUGAGGGACACCCCACGGGGCAGCAGCAUCCCUGCUCUGCCCCUCACUGACUACCACAAGUGCACCGCCUGCAGCAUCAGCUUCAACAGCAUUGAAAACUACCUGGCCCACAAGACCUACUACUGCCCAGCCACCACCCUGCAGCCCCACACCCUGAAGACGCUCCACAGGCUGAAGAGACCAUCCUCCACUUCCCCCAAGAGCAGGGCCCUAGAGCGGCCAGACCUUCACCCAGAGGCCAAAGGGCUCCCCACAGAGAAGGCUCCUCAGAGGGCCUCGCCCAGCCCUCACCCCUCAGCCUUACCUGGAUCUGAGGCUACAUCCCCUCACAGCGGCCCUGCAGCCAAAUGCCCAGGCUCUCCCCCUGUGGUCUGCCCCUACUGCCCUCCCAAUAGGGCGGUGACCUGUGACCUGGUGGAGCACUUCAGAUCCAUGCAUGGCCUGGUCCUGAACCUGGAGGGCCAGCCAGCUGUUAUCAGCCCCAGCCUGAGCCCCAAGGAUGGGACCCCCGCCACCCCGCCCAAACUGGGCCUCCAGACCCGCAGGGACAGCAUCAACAGUCGGGUCAGAAGGGACACUGUCUCCCCCUCCUCUCCCCUGGUGAACAUUAGCCCCCUGGGUCCCCAUGCCAGUGGUGGCAGCUCCCCCAAAGCAGCCCCUCCUGCUGUGUCUCCCACGAGGUCCCUCCCCCUGACUGUGUCCCCUGUGCCUGAGGUCCUGAGGGAGGUGGGGGUUAUGAACCACCAGGCUGCUGUUGCUCUGCUUCCAGACAGGGCAGCCCUCACCCUGGGUCUCCCACUCCCUGUCGCUGUCCCGGCCCCUACCACACCCAAGACCCCCCUGGUCUCCCCUGUGCAGAACUGUAACACCCGCUUCUGCCGGCUGUGCAAUAUCAAGUUCAGCAGCCUGUCCACGUUCAUAGCCCACAAAAAGUACUACUGUUCCUCCCACAGCGCUGAGCACGUCAAGUGAGCAUGCCUGUCUCUGCACAGUGUUCCCUUACAGCCCAGCCCCAGCUAUUCACCCGUGUCAGUGCUACCACGGCAUGGCACCACGUCUGGACUGUCUGAAGUAAAUGUGACUGUUACUCGCCAGGCACUGUUUAGCUGCUCGGACGCUGACGCUUCCGGUAUUGUUACUAUGGUAACUUAUUUCUUCUUAUGGGUCAAAGUUCGUAUUACACUAAGAGCGGAGAUGCGCUACCUGCACACACAGUUGUGCCCACCUUCCCGUCCCCACCACCUCAAUACCUGUUCCGUAGCCCUCACCCUCCCCUCUCACCUCCAGGGUUCACAGAAUGUUGAUAAUGACUUUUAGAUCCAACAUUUAAUCUCCUGAGCAAGCUUAAUUGAAUUGUUUAUAUUACAGUUGUCUUGAUUUGAUUAUGAUUGUUUGAAGCAUUUCUUGCUCAUGACAACUUGCUUUUCCUGUGCCGUUGAUGCUCAUGACCUGUCAGUGAGUGGGGACAACUGUUGUCCCUCGGAGCCCUCUAGUGGAGCUUACAAUCUCCACCUUUUUAUUUCUACUUACCUAUGACGUUUUAAAAUAAUUAUAUGGUUUUGUUUGAACACUGGCUCUUUUGCUAACUAGAAAGCUAAAGCAUUUUAGCUGAAUUACAGGAAUGGGUGUCACAAGGUUACCAAUUACAGAUGAAAUAUUUGCAAAUGGAUAGAUUAGUUUUUCCUAAACCACAAUUUUUAUGUUCUCUUAAUGCAAGGGAAAGCAUGGGAAAUAUUUAUCUCUGAUUUCAUGUCAACAGAAAACUACCUAGCGUCUGAAAAUGUUUUUUUUAUUUGUAUUGUUUUCAUACUGUUCGAAGGAACUGUUUCAGUCUUGGUGUGUAAAAGUGUUUUUGUAAGUGUAGAUAUGUAAUAUCUUUCACAGUAAUCACUGGGAUGACACUGAACCUUAUUUUCAUUAUCGUCAGCAUUUCUUUCUUUUGUUCUUUAUUCAUCGGUGAGGUUUGAAAAAAACUGUUUUCCUCCAGUAUUUGGUCAUUAGCUAUAGCCUAUUUUUCCAGAUAAACAAUUUGAAGUAAGUUUUAAUACUGGUGCUUUAAAUUUGGGUAGAAGAAAGAUGACUGGACCUGAGUACCAGGAUGAAGACAUAUCACUUCCUGUUCCUAUAAUGCCCUUCACAACUCCGCCCCUCUCCCCAUUAGACCUGACCUUUAACCCACCAACCUCCUACUGUAUCAACAUAUUACAUCUGCCAAUCUGCAGCUGCUGAUACACCACCAUCUUUCUAUGUGAUGCUUGAAUUAGACAUGGGAUCCGUUCAAAUCUAUGUUGAUUAAUUGACACCUGUUAGUGUGUGCUUGUUCUAUUGUGUUUUUCCGGUAAUGAAGUAGAAAAAACGGGAGAAGGUGUAAGAGAGAUGGGCAGGGACAGCAGAUGUAUUUCACAGAUUGUAGAGAGAUACAUACGGUAGAUAGCUCCUAUAACUGUCAUGUUUAAAACACAAACACACAUACAUCCCUGGUUUACAGAGUGGUGUUGAAUAGACCUGCGAAAUGCAAUCUUUCCUCAGUCAGAACUGGCUAUACUGGCACAGCCUUACUGUAGAGUUGAGUUAGUUGGUCCUGUGCUCCACUAUCCUAACCUCUCAUGAUGAUCUAAAUGGAUCGGUUUGUUACUUGUGGUGUUCCCUUCCCUACUUUUCCCUGUGUUACACAGGCAGAUGUUUCUCUGCUCUAAAAACUGGAAAACUAAAUGGCAGUGAAAAGUUGAGUAUUUUUGCUCUGUUGUGGUUUUGAACAGUGCUGUAUCAGUCAUAUCUUACUCACUAAUGUUUACAAUUGCAUUGCUUUCUCUUUUCUAAAAGAGAUUAGCAUUUUCAACAAGUCACAAAUCGAGGAACUCAGUGCUGAGAACCAUUUCGAAUUUCCCCUUUAUUGCACUGUGUCGUACAAAUGUGCUGAAUGUUUUAGUUUUAGAGGCUUUUUUGUAAUGUAUUUAUGUUUUUACAGCACUUUUCCUCCUCCAAACUCAUCCCUUGAAGGACUUGCUGAUCAAUUUAAACCUUUUCACAUUAACUAAAAUGAAUUGAAAACAUUUUGUGAAUGAUUCCAAAUGUCAAUAAUGGAAAAGUAAUAAUGAAUGUCAGAUCUUUUCUUUUUAAAAUUUCAAUCUCAAAUUCCACUACACACUUGUCCAAACUAUGCAUGGGAAAUAAACGUCCUGAGAGACAUUAAAGAGUGUCAAACUUC